AUGUCAAUGUAUAACCUUAUCAGCACCCGCCGUUCAUCGUCAAUAGAAAUCGACAUCACUUCUUCAGAAGCAAAGCAUCAACCGAUGGAUAUGAUGUCGACUUUGUCCGUGGAUGGUGGCAGCCUGUGUAUGACUGUUGUCAUUCAGCCAUCUAGGAAGCAAUCACUCCGCUUGUCUUUCCCUGGAAACUAUCCGAUUGAAGAGUUCAAUGGACACCAUCGAUUUGAAAGCGAAGAUUCGGUGGCCUCGCAGCGAUACACGCUCUAUAGCCAGGAAUCAUUAGGAGCCAUUUCAGAUAUCAGCAAUGACCACACGGAGGGUGAAAGCUCAGUAGGCACGAGCACCCAGUUUGAUCCUCGACUCGGGUCAAGUAUCACCCUUGCCAACUGCUAUCGAGAGCCAAGGGGUCUCCCCUCGAGCUGCAACAUGAGUGUUCAAAACUCGGCAGAAUCGGCUAUUGAUCCACUUCUCAGCCCCAGGACGGUCAUUGCUCCGACCCAUCUUUCUGCCCAAGAAUGGAGAACUAUUCCAUCGGCAUUAGAGAUCAGUUCAGCCAGCCACAGUUUUUCUCCGCUUCCGACCCCUGUUGUUCCCAAUAACCAAAUUAUUGUCCGCAAGGGUGGUAAAAGCUGUGAAGUUGUUCCAUCCACGCAUCUCGGGCUACGCCCUUCGCACCCAAUCGCCAAAAAAAUGAGCCCAAAGUCUCCUUCUUCGCCAGAUAUCAUUGACCUUUUCCCAUCGCCCCCGACUUGCCGAGCCUUGGCCCGUUUUCCAAUUAAGCAACCUUCGGAUCGACUGUGCCAAGACGCCGAAGAUGAUUGUUUUGCCGAUUGGUUACAACAAAUUCAAGAUCGCUUCGUUUCUCGACAGUCUGAACUAAGCAAAAAGGAGGCCAUCCUGGAAUUCAAGCAUUCGAUACUUAUGACUUACAAUACCACAACCCUUAACCAAGAGCUUCCUGUCGGUGUGGAUCCACGUUCGAAGAGAAUUGCAUCAUUUGAUUUCGACACUUAUCACGGAUUGACCAACGAUGCGUGGAAAUCGGAAAUAUAUCCACAAAGGAUGCAGAUGAUACCCGAAACACGCUUUCAGAUUUCAACAGUCGAAGGGGCAUCAAUUGAUUUGUGCCAGGAACCGGUGCUUUCUGAAGAGAAAGCUUUAAUGACAAUUACCAAGUUAGAAGAAGCUCAAAGGUGUUUAGUCAAAGAUGGACAAGGCAAGAAGAUCCUUUUCAAGGAUGUCAUUCGUCAUCGUCAAACUCUAGUCAUCUUCCUCAGGUUUUUCUGGUGUGCCAAAUGCCAAGAAUAUGUCCAAAGUAUCUCAAAUUAUUUCGCGCCAGGUACGGCAGCACGAAAGCAACUUGAUGAUACCAACUCGACUGUGGUAUUCAUAGGUACUGGGAGCUGGAAGAUGAUUUCAAGUUAUCGGGCUAUGUUGGGUUGUUCCUUCGAAUUUUACACCGAUACGACAACAACAAGUAGACUAUUCAGAAAAAUGGGGCUUCAUCGUAUCUUACUCGGAGGCUCAAGCGACCCCUCAACGUUACACAAAACAUUGAACAUUUGGCAAACGAUGAAAGCCUCCGCAAAGAGUAUCCCGAAGCUUCCUCUACAACAUCCCGGAUCGUUUACUCAACUUGGCGGGGAGUUUUGCUUCCAAAAUUUAGCGCCUGAUUACCCGUCACAAACAAUACCGAAGAAUAAUUCAUCAUCGAAAUGCCUUGUUACCAAAUUCGGGUUGAAAUCGCCUCGGAUUAAUCGAGACAAUCUAUUGGUUGCUCCCAGGAUGGAUAAUGUAUCUUCGGACCCCUUUAGAAGAUCGUUCAUGAACAAGCAGGCUGAAACAAAUGUGCACCUAAAUUCACUAUCGACAGUGAGGUGUAUAUAUGUGAAUCGGAUGAAGUCGUCAGCAAGUCAUGGAAAUUUUCACCAGUUGUUCAAAGCAGUAGGCGUGGAGUUUCCCGAAUGA